AUGCUCCAUAAAUCAAUGUCCAUGAACUUCUCUCUGAAAUUGCCUGACAACAAGGCCUUUUCAACGUUACACUUUCGAACAAACGCGUAUCAAUGCAAGCCUUUGACGAUAUCUAAGGAUAAGAAUGUCACUCUCAAAGUGAAGCAUUUCUUUCUAUUGAAGGAAUUGCAAUCGAAAUGCGUGGUCUUGGGGGUAGAGAUCUACGUCUAUCUCACAUUCCAAGACUCUUCCCUCACAAGACACAUUUUCGUGCUGAAAGCCGAUACGACCGGGUUGUCUUCUGUUCGCUUUUCUGCUGCCGAGGUGGUGCUGGAGUUUGUCGACUACUUGGUGAAAGUCAACCCCGAGAUCUACUACGAGCACGCGUCUUUCUGGAGCAAAGACGAAAGUAAAGAAAAAUCACAAUCUUCAGUUGAUUCUCAUCCCGCAGAAAGUGAGUAUGCUAUUGUGAAUGAUCUUUUGCAACUUGGAGAGCGAGUAAAAAAUGAGCCAGGAUUUUUACGAAACUUGAGCUUCUACCUGAGUAGAGAAUCCCGCCGUGGAAAUUCAAAAGAAUUCCCUUUGCAGCGGCCAACACUUUUGACAACAAAGAUCUCCUUAUUCACGCGUGCAGCAGACGCUUACAUAUUUCCAGAAUCUGCUAAGAACACAGGAAAGCACGUUGCUUCCGGAAACCUGCUAUUCCGUUGGUGGAUUGCGUUGCUUGUAAAAAUCACUGAUGAAUCCUGGGUCUGUAAGGCUGAUAUACCAGGCUCUGAGGCUCGGGCAGUGGAGAGAUUCUUGCCAGAGCUCAAGAAUUGGUCCCGGGGUAACAUCUACGUGAGCUCUGAGAAUAAUUCAUAUGCCAUCAGAAGCAUUCCGCUAUUUCCGGACGAUCCAAAAGGUCGAUUUCUAGAGCAUUUGAUUGUUGAGAAUAGGUACAAAGGCAUGAAUACGACCCGAUACUGGGAAGAACUAGGUUUCAGACAGGAGUUUCGUCUAGGAAAUGUUGUAGGAAUCAUCGGUUGUAACAACCAACAGCGAGAAAUAGGGGGCAUUGUUGAGGAUACAUCUACAAUGAUGACUACUCGAAAACAAUAUAAAGCGUUGCAUGAAUUAGUCAAAGGAGAAGACUAUUCAAAAAAAGAGGAUAUCCAAGGAAUGUGUGAGACUGGUAUCUUAGAACUCUGCUCGAGACUAGGUCUCAACUUGAUCGAUAAAACAGUGACGGGCUCUUGUGUAGCACCUGUGAAACGUCUCCAUCUGGCACAACAAACAGACCAACCGAGACAAAUUACAAACUUAACCGGAUUAGUGAAGAGGAAGAAGAAAUAG